AUAGGUGGGCGGGUCUUUACGAGUCCGAGGCUCUUCCAACGUGCGUCCUGAGGAAAGGAAAAGAAAAGGAGGAAAGUAAAGACAGAUAGAGGAGGAAAAGAAAAGAAAAAAAAUGAUAGAUCUGCAGUUACGAUCAGAAGUGAAAGGAGAAGCGUUUAAAUAACCGGAUCUUUUGGAUUUGAGUUGUUUUUUUGAUGAGAAGCUCCACCGGUCUCGAGCGCAGAAAGUUACCUCAGGAUCCGCGGCGGCUUUUACACACAAACCCUGUGAUGUUUUUGUGUGUUAUUCUCCACAGAGUGAGUGUUUAAUGUGAACACUGAACAUUACACGGUGUGAACACUGAACAUUACACGGUGUGGACACUGAACAUGUCUCUGUGGAACAACAUUUCUGCACUUUUCACGUGGACACACGUUACAGCGGCGUCGGCUACAAAACAACCCGGAUUUCUUUCCUCUAUAAACACCCGUCAUCCUGUUUGUUUGUGGGAUCUCGUUUUAAAACCUUUCUAAUAUUCGGAUCGGAUCCAAAACGGUCAAAUCUAAUCGCUUGGCGCGCGCACACUCACUCACGCACGCGCACACAUACACACACACCUCAUUUUCAACCUUUUAAGGACAACAGCUUCGGACUUACACACCAGUUUGGCUUUGGUACCGCAAAAGUUUCAUGAGUUGUUGUUUUUUGUGCCAUUCGAAGCUUUUAUUUCAUUGUAGUUUCUGAUUCAGGACUUUAAAGGAAAAUAAACAGGACAAAACUUUGUGUGAAGGUGUGAAACCUGGGACCUGGGAAACAUUGACACGUUUUUUUUUUUGUUUUUUUUUUACCCCUUUCUGUUUCACUAGGACACGCAAAAGAAGACGUUCACGAUGCUUUUCUUCGCAUCCAGACCACGUCAUGGAGGAUAAAUAAUCAACCAAAACAAACCUGACUCGGAUCUGUGGAGAGAUUAGAUCAGAACUGAUAGACACAAAAUGGCGGCGGCUCUGGGACACAUUUCAUAUUAUGUUUUUUAUUCCCUCGUAACCAUGGAACUGUUCAUCGUUCACGGCUCGAGCUCGGAUUUGCCGUGUUCACAAAACUGCACGUGCACUUCAGACGCGACCGACUGCAGUCACCGGAAACUAACCGAUAUUCCCAAAGAUUUACCGGAUCGGACCGUCUAUCUAAACCUGAGCCACAACAUGCUGACGGCAGUCGAUACGGACAUCCUGUCCAAUCUGCCCAACCUUAAAGAAGUGCACCAUAAUAAGAUUAGCGGCGUGCAGGGCAGCCGUCUCCGAAACCUCACCCACUUGGAGACUCUGGACCUGAGUAAUAAUGACAUCAUCGAUGUGAGAGAACACUGCUUCCCUCGUGGCCUCCGUGUCCGAGAUCUGUCGCUCAGCAGUAAUAAAAUUGUACACCUGGAGUUUGGUGCGUUCAGGAACCUGAACGACACUCUGCAGGUCCUGAGGCUCAGCAGGAACCGGCUCACCCAGCUGCCUGUCAAAGGCCUCGAGCUUCCCAGACUAACACAGCUGGACCUGAGCAGGAACCGGCUGCGCUUGAUCGAAGGCCUGACCUUUCAGGGUCUCUCCAUCCUGGAGGUUUUGAAACUCCAGAGGAACAACAUCAGCAAGCUCACAGACGGGGCGUUCUUCGGUCUGGCACGCAUGAGAACCCUCCAUUUGGAGUAUAACAGUCUGAAAGAGGUGAACAGUGGCUCUCUGUAUGGCCUCCAGUCACUGCUACACCUCCAUCUGUCCAACAACUCGAUCUCGAGCUUCAACCCUGAGGGAUGGCGCUUCUGCGAGAGGCUACGAGAGCUGCAUCUGGACCAUAACAACUUGACAAAGCUGGCCGAGGGCAGUUUUGUGAAGUUAGCCAACUUGCAGACUCUUCAGCUGAGCCACAACUCCAUCAACUAUAUAGCAGAGGGAGCUUUCAAAGGUCUCAGCUCCUUACGCUUACUGGAUCUUGACCACAAUGACAUUUCUGGAACAAUCGAGGACACCAGUGGUGCCUUUGCAGGCCUAAAGAAACUCCGGAAGCUGACACUGUUUGGAAACAGGAUAAAGUCGGUGGCCAAGAAAGCCUUCUCAGGCCUGGAGGCCCUUGAGCACCUAAACCUGGGCGGAAACGCCAUCCUCUUCAUUCUACCAGACGCCUUCAACAAUAUGAAGAACCUCCGCAGCCUCGAGAUCUUCAGCGAUAGCUUCCUGUGCGAUUGCCAGCUGCACUGGUUUCCUGAGUGGGUUGUGGCACGAGAGCUACAGUCUGGCAUCCAUGCCAUGUGCGCACACCCUGAGAGCCUGAAGGGCACCAGCAUCUUCCAGGCUCCUGCACAGAGCUUUGUUUGUGACGAUCUGCCCAAACCCCAGAUCACGGUUCACCCCUCAGCCACUGCUGGCGUGUUAGGCAAAGACGUGCGUUUGACGUGCAUGGCGGUAAGCAGCAGCAGCUCGCCCAUGACCUUCACAUGGCGGAAAGACCAGGAGCCACUUCCUCAUGCCCACGUGGAGAACUCUGCCCACUCCACCUCCAAAGACGGCCCAGGAAUCAUGGAGUACACGACCGUCCUCCAUCUACGCAACGUCAAGUUCGAGGACGAGGGCCGUUACCAGUGCGUCAUCUCCAAUCACUUCGGCUCCACCUACUCCAACAAAGCACGUCUCAGCAUCAGCGUGCUGCCUUCAUUUGUGAAGACCCCACGUGACCUCACCAUCCGGGCUGGUGCAAAGGCCCGUCUGGAGUGCGCAGCCAAAGGUUAUCCACCUCCACAGGUUGCUUGGCAGAAAGACGGUGGCACGGAUUUCCCGGCAGCCCGUGAGCGGCGCAUGGAGGUGAUGCCCGACGACGACGUGUUCUUCAUAAUGCACGUGAAGCCUGAAGACAUGGGGGUGUACAGCUGCACAGCCAGAAACACCGCAGGCAUGAUCUCUGCCAAUGUCACGAUCACCGUGCUGGAAAUGCCUCACCUCCUGCAGGGGAUGGAGGACCGCAGUGUGGUGCUUGGCGAGGCGGUGGCUCUGCAAUGUAAAGCCAUGGGUAGCCCUCCUCCCCGAAUCACCUGGCUGCAUGGGGGCGAGCCGCUGCACCCCAGUGAGCGCCAUCAUUUCACCCACGCCAACCAGCUUCUGGUGAUCAGCAGCUCGAUGCUGGAGGAUGCUGGACGCUAUACUUGUGUCAUGUCCAACCCUCUAGGCACCGAACGUGCCCAGUGUAGCUUGACUGUGAACCAGCGUCCUGGUGGCAAUUGCCACAUGAAUGGCAGCUCUGGGGCGGUCACUGUAGGCAUUGUCGUGAUCGCCGUGGUUACAAGUGUCGUUGCGACCUCUUUGGUGUGGGUGUGCAUCAUCUACCAGACAAGGAAGAAGAGCGAAGAGUGCAGCGUCAACACGGAUGAGACCAUUGUUCCCCCCGAUGUCCCAAGCUACCUGUCCUCACAGGGCACACUGUCUGAGAGGCAGGACAUAUGUAUAAGAGUGGAGUCCGGCGGAGGAUCCCAGCCGAGUGGCCACACUCACAACAAUGGAGGUUUUGAUGUUCCAGUCUUGUGUACCGAUUGCAUGGAAAACGGUAACAGUUACUCCAGGCCACCAGACUACUUUUGCCAUGGCAUUACACCUCCUUCAGGCAUGGAGUACCAGCAGAUGCAGCCUCCGUCGACCUUCAGCAGCCUUAAGACGGGCGAGGGGCACUGUAACGGCAUGCCGAACGGAGUCAGGAAAGAAGCGACGCCUACGUUGCACAAGAAAAACUGCGAUAGAAAAGGAUCCGUGUCCAGUAGGACAGGAACAUCGUCUCCAAGCGAGAGCCACCAUCGGCCGGUAAAACCGACCUCCAUUCCCUCAACCUGCACGGACGCUGAGCUCACACAGACUCUGUUACCCAACGGCCACACACACUUGAGUGAGACCGCCCCCCUCAGGCGGGCUAGUGACUAGCACCUAGCGCAAUACCAAGUGAAGACUUUUGUAUUGCUAUUUUUCGUAUCCUGUUUGCACUGUGAACUGCUACCUCACACCGUGGGGCGCACAUGGAGCUCGUCCCGCGUCUGAUCGCGGCGUCAAGGCGCCCGGGUUUGAAGGCAAAGCUUGAACGAGGGGCCGUUCGUGUCCUAGUCUGAGCGUUACACCUGUAUAUAGUGUUUAAAUUCUCCUCAGGGAGGCUUCGUUGACCGCAAAAAAAAAAGAUGAUAAUAAUAAGUGACUUGCAUUUGAAGCAUGUUAAUGUAGGGAAUAUUGUAUAAUACAAGAGAGUGCUCUAAUGUUGGACUUUAAAUUGUACAUAAGAGUUUUCAUAUAUAUCUAUAUUAUUAUUAUAUAACUUUUACAGAAGAGUAUUUGAAUCUAUUCUGUGCAUGGUCCGAUCAGAGUGAUGCUAUUUUUUCCUCCCUUUUUAUAAAGCUCCCAGCCCUGGUGCCUUACAGCAUGAACAAAGAAUUUGCAAGUCGUUCGCUUCUCUUGGAGUGAAACCUUUGGUUUUUUUUUUUUUUUUUUUUUUUUUUUUUGUGAAAUAGGAAUUGAAACUAAGAUAAAUACCAUCAUCUCCAGCUACGACCUUAUGACGGUUCAUAUUUGCUGGUGUUGAAUAAGAGAAACGCUCGGUUUGGUACAGUAAGCUCGGGAAGGGGUGAAGAAAUGCAAAUCAGCACUUUGGUUGAAAUAACAUAAGAUUUAUCACUGUUUAAGAUUUUAAAUACGUAUAGGAAGGUUGAUAUUUUCACACUUUUUCACUUUAUACUCUGCAGCCUAAUUCACAAUUCUGCAGCUGAAACCUACUAACCGUGGAGGCUAAAACCUGUAAUUCUCAUCAUUUGCACAGCUUAAAAUACGGGGGGAAAAAUAAAAGAUUCAGCUUUUCCAUUUGCUAAAGGUACCAAAUAGUAGUUGUUAGCCAGAGGUAAAAUUAAAAUCUGAAAUGUGCACUAACAACAAAACAUUGUAAGAAAUUUCUUAGCGCAUAACAAAAGGGAUAAAGAUAAACUACUUACACGAGGAAAAGGCAUCGUUAUCUGUGUUAGCUGGUGUUCAGGAGCUUUUUCAAUGUCUACACACAGGGAAUGGCCAGUAUCUUCAGUAAACACCAUUAGAUAAUGCUACGUCAACGUUACUGAACGCCUCAUUAGCUAAUGCUAACUCUAGCCUCUUUAAACCAAAUAAUAGGUACUAAGCAAAUAACUCAAAUCUGUGAGGCUUUUUAAGCCAACCCAUUUUUUUUUUUUUUUUUUUUACUUUUUACAGAAACCAAACUGAGAGAAUAUUUUUUGUUUACUGUAGAAAAUAUCUAGCGAUGUUACAGCAAUUCUGUCACUCUGUUACCCAACUAACUGGCUAGACUUUUAGCUAACCAGCUAACUCAAAAUGAAGAAAAAAAAAAGAGCUUUGCUUCACGUAAAAGGGUUUACCCGCUAAUUUCCGUAGCUCGCGCGUCGUAGCAGAGACUUGCUCACUUUCCUUUCAUAUUAAUUUAUUGAAAAGAAACUCAAAUAGCUGUACAUUUGCAACGCUGAUAUUGUGACGUGUGGCAAGUUGACAUGUCUAUUAAAAUCACAUUCUGCUCUUUGA